AUGGAUUUGUUUGAUAGCGAUGAUACGUGUAGUGUAAGCUCCUUCUUCAGCAUGCGGUCUGAGAGACCUCGCAUGGAUGAAGUUCACGUUCACAAAGAUCUUAUGUUGGAUCAAUCCCUUGAUGCUCUCUAUGAGAAAAGGAGUUCAACGAGAGAGAAAGCUUUGGCCUCCAUUGUCGAAGCAUUCAAGAGUGAUUUGCAACAUGAGUUCUUGCAAAAGAACUUUUCCACUUUGUUGCAUCAGUGUUUACACUGCAUCAAGAAAGGUUCCACUAAAGAGUCCUCACUAGCAUCACAUGUUAUUGGGUUGAUAGCUUUGACUGUUGGACUUGGGAAUCAAGCACAAGAGAUUCUGGAAGAAUCUGCCACUCCUCUUUCUCAAGCCCUUAAAUCUGGUCGUGAAGCCUUGAGGAUAAGUUCGAUUCUUGAGUGUUUAGCAGUGAUAACUUUUGUUGGUGGAGCCAAUGCAGAGCAAACCGAGAGAUCUAUGCAAAUAAUAUGGCAGAUGAUUCACCCUAAACUUGUUUCUAAUGUAUCUGCUGGUGAAGCUCUUGCUCUUUUAUUUGAGACGGGAACUCUAGAGAAGUUUGAUACGGAAGCCAAAGGGUCUGAUAAUGGAUCAGUGGAAGUAGGAAGUGUGUCUGAGGAGGCAUUGAUAAAGAUGCAUAAAUUGAUAUCUAAAGUCAUAAUCAAUUUAGUGACCUCGCUGCAGAGGCAGGUGGUAAAGGUUGUGCUAACAAAGAUCUCAACGCACAAUGAAGUUUGUUCAAAGAUCUUGUUGAAUUUCUUGAGGGUGGAGUUGCACCUGAAACCUCUACAAAGGUUGGAGGAGCCUAUAUACAGACGUCAACGUGGUGCCAGAUGA